AUCACACACACACGCACCAUACGUGGGAUUUGCCAGCACUGCACACCCAGCCGCACCCCAAGAAAGAAAGAAACCCAGCGAGGAGGAGGAGCAACAGCAACGACACUGCCAGUUGCCACCGGAACCGGAGCGUCCUCCCCUCCCCGCCUCUCUCCCUCCCGGAAUAUACCUCCUCCGAGCCAACCCAGCCUCCCGCGCUCCCUCCUUGCCUCCGGCCAUGGCGUCGUCGGCGGAGGAGGAGGGCCGUGCGCCGACCAAGUACGUGCUGAUUACCGGCGGCGUCGUCAGCGGCCUCGGCAAGGGCGUCACCGCCAGCAGCGUCGGCGUCGUCCUCAAGUCCUGCGGCCUGCGCGUCACCUGCAUCAAGAUCGACCCAUACUUAAACACAGAUGCUGGUACUAUGUCUCCCUUUGAGCAUGGUGAGGUGUUUGUGCUUGAUGAUGGUGGAGAGGUGGACCUGGAUUUAGGGAAUUAUGAGCGUUUCUUGGAUGUUCCCCCCCCACACACACACACACACACAGACACAGGAAAAGUGGAUGCCUUUUUUUUUCAGUCUGUCAUUGAGAAGGAGAGGAAGGGUGAUUAUCUUGGAAAGACGGUCCAGGUUGUUCCUCAUGUAACUGAUGAGAUAAAACAAUGGAUACAAUCAGUAUCCUCUGUUCCUGUGGAUGGGCAGACUCGUCCAGCUGAUGUUUGUGUUAUCGAAUUGGGCGGCACUGUAGGUGAUAUUGAAUCAAUGCCAUUCAUUGAAGCUCUACGUCAGUUGUCAUUUUCUCUUGGUAAGGACAAUUUCUGCCUCAUACAUGUGAGCCUUGUUCCAGUAUUGGGUGUAGUUGGUGAGCAAAAAACUAAGCCAACACAACACAGUGUACGAGAACUAAGGGCCUUGGGUCUUACUCCUGAUCUUCUAGCGUGCCGAUCAGCACAGCCACUAAUAGGAUCCGCGAAGGAGAAGCUUUCACAAUUUUGUCAUGUACCGGUUGAGAACAUACUUAACAUCCAUGAUGUUCCAAAUAUAUGGCAUGUUCCCCUUAUUCUUAGAAACCAAAAGGCUCACGAGGCUAUAAUCAAACAACUAAACCUUUCCAGGUCUGCUGCCCCCCCUGAAUUACGAGAUUGGACGCUGAUGGCCGAGUCAUAUGAUAACCUCAGUACCUCUGUUAAAAUUGCUUUGGUUGGGAAGUACACUAAUCUGUCAGAUUCUUACUUAUCAGUGGUGAAGGCUCUCCUACAUGCCAGUGUUGCAUGUUCACAGAAACCUUCUAUCCAGUGGGUUUCAGCUUCAGAUCUUGAAGAUGCAGCUGCUGCAAGUGCACCAGAUGCUCAUGCUAAAGCUUGGGAAACUCUUAAGGGUUCCUCGUGCAUUUUGAUACCUGGAGGAUUCGGAGAUCGUGGAAUAUCUGGGAUGAUAUUGGCUGCAAAAUAUGCUCGUGAGAAUAAAGUACCAUAUCUUGGCAUAUGCUUGGGAAUGCAGAUAUCGGUGAUUGAGAUGUCCAGACAUGUUUUGGGCCUGGGAAAUGCAGACAGUGAAGAGUUCAACACAGACACACCAGAUCGUGUUGUUAUGUACAUGCCUGAGGUAUCAAAAACACACAUGGGAAACACGAUGAGGUUGGGUUGCCGUCGAACGUUCUUCCGUAAACCAGAUUGUCUGACAUCGAAACUGUAUGGAAAUCCUCCACAUGUAGAUGAGCGCCAUCGUCACAGAUAUGAGGUCAAUCCUAGCUUUGUUCCAAUGCUUGAGAAUGCAGGACUUCAGUUUGUUGGUUGUGAUGAAAGUGGAAACAGGAUGGAGAUUGUAGAGCUACAAGAUCACCCAUUUUACAUAGGUGUUCAGUUCCAUCCAGAAUUCAAGUCGAGGCCUCGAAAACCCUCGCCUCCAUUUACAGGUACUGUGUUCUCAAACUUGAUUAUCCCUGAACGUUUUCCUGGGAUACCUAUGCCCAUCCGUUUUAUGAGUGGAACUAUUGUGUUAUUGCUCCAGAUGGAUAUCGCCCAAUGUGUGUGCAGUUCAAGCAUCUGCUUGUCGUCAAAGCAGUUUGCAUCAUGUAGUCAUGUACCAGAAAUGUACCUAAGCUGAGAGAUACGUUCUGUUUUCCGUGGGGAGUGGCUUAACCGAUCAUCAUACAAUGGGGUCGUAAUUUCGUUGGCACUUGUCGAUGGCCAUGCCAAGGCACUUGUUGACAUCAUUUGAGGUACAACCUGUGUAUCAGUCUGAGAUGAUCAUGUAAAGAGUUCUUUGACAUGCCCCCUCUUUAUUACCAUGGUAAAUAUGGCAUGCUGCAAUGCGAAACCCUGGUGAAAUAAGUACCCUUUUAGAAGAAAAAAAUGCUAUAUAUUUUUCUUUCUUUUUCGGAACA